CUCACGCUGCUUUUCCGUCCGAGGAGGAAAACUCGCACUUCUCCACUGUUCGUCGCCCGAAAGACAUUGUGCGUGAAAAAAUAGUGAAGAACCUUUCUUUUUUAUUAUUUUCCCAGCAAAUCCCACAACUAGCGAUCCCGAAAAGUGAGUGAAAACAUACCUCCCGUCGUUUCCCGUGUAGUGCUGUAGUGUACGUGUGUGUGGAAGGCAAUUUGGACCGGAAGCCGAUUUUAGCCGAUCCCAAACUGGGCCCCAAAAUUUUCACAAUUCCCGAACCCCAAUCAGGAGCACCAGCAGCAGCGGUAGCUGCAGCAGCAGACAGGGACAAGAAUCUCGUGCUAGGAGAGCAAAAAAAAAAAGAUCACGACGACGACAGCGACGGACCCGUGUUGAAAUAAGAAACCUGAUAGUGUUCCGAAUGGCCCCAAGAAAGUAGGAAAAUACAGAAAAAAACUGGCAGCGGUAGCAGUUUUUGGACUGCUUUUAUUUGUAUAAGGGAAUUUUUACCACAGUGAAGACGGAAUUUGUUGAUCCAACACGUCUAGCCAUAGAAGAGGUCUGAAUAAGGCGAAGAAAUUCGCGAACGUGGUCGUGAUUGAUUGCGUGGAAAGAAUCUUCCUCGCUGCUUUCGAUUAAGACCCAAGAGAUCACAAUGGAGGAGUCGUACCUAAAGGAUUUGGAAACGGCUGCUCACAUCAUAAUGGCCCCACCAACGGUGGUCAGCAAGGAGCAGCGGCAACAGUCGGAAAGCAUCUUCAUGAACUUCCGCAAAACCAAAUCCCCAUACGUCCUGUGCCAGACCAUCCUGGAGAAAUCCGUCGUCGAUUUGGUACUGUUCGAGGCUGCCGACGUCCUGAAGAAGGCCGUCAUUGCCGAAUGGAAGUACAUUCCCGAUCACGACAAAGCAUCCCUGCGUCAGUAUCUGCUGAACUACAUCAUUCAACGGGACAUUCCAGUAUUCAUUCGGGACAAACUGCUCCAGGUGGUAGCGAUCAUGAUAAAACGUGCCAGCCUGGAGGAUGUCGGUGCCGAGCGGGGUCAAAUUAUUGAAGAGACGAAGAAGAUGCUCACUUCCGGUGACGUGAAGCAGCAAAUCCUAAGCUGCAGCAUCAUAUUGGCCAUAUUGGAAGAGUACUGCAACAUAGUUCGAUCGGACGAUACCGGUCUGACGACGUACGAACACUUCCGGGCAAAGAAGCAAUUCGAGGAUUCGGAUUUGCUCAAGGUCUUCGUCAUGACACUGCAAUCGAUGGAAGAGUUGAUUAAAAUGUUCGAUGCUAGCAAUUCGAUGCAUUUGUAUCUGUUCAAGCAGAUGCUUUCGGUAAUGGAAACUAUACUGACGUGGGGAUUUUUGCUGCCCAAGUUGCAAAUUGUACGAGUCCUGCAGCCCUCGCUAUCGAAGAAAAUUAUCGAUACGUCGGAAACGGUGACCAAAGCUUUGCAUGCACCACCGUUGCGAUUGCAUGUCCAGUGGAAAAAUAUUAUCUUCGAGCCGAAGCUGUUGGAGAUAUUCUUCUACAUAUACUGGAAGACGAGAGAUAACGAAGAACUGCAACCGAAAGCGCUGAUCUGUAUCCUGCAGUUAUCCACGUUAAAAGGACCGAUCAUUACCGAAAACAAGGACGAAAGCAUGACCUACUUGGUGAACUACUUAACGCAUUUUCUUUCCAUGCUUUCCACAAUCGAAAUCAAAGAGAAGGAAGCGUACAGCUUUUCGCUCAUCCUGCGAAAAUUACUCCAACUUCUUCCCCGUGCUGAAAUCAAAGGGCUACCGAAUAACCUGUUCGAGGCAUUCAUGCAGCAAACUCUGACGUUGACGUUGAAGUUCAUCGAGCUCUCAGCGAUGGAGGAAGCUAUGUCUCCCGACGAAACGGUCUACAUCGACGCACUGGGUAACCUGCUGGAGAUUUGGCUGCACAUUCUGAACGACAAGGAAAACUAUCCCGUCGAAGUGAUGGUGCCCUUUAUAACGCAAAUGUUUGAGAAGUAUAUUCAGUACCACCUGGCCGCACCGGAUGGAAUGCGUGGUGUUGGGCGUGACGGGGAGGCAAUCGAUGAGAUUGCAGAAUUCGAAGAAUCCGACCGGGAACGCUUCAAGGAGCAACUGAUCAUCAUCGGAUACUUUGGGAGAGAAAUUCUGUCUCAUUCCUUACCUUUGCUGUCGAAACUGCUGGAAGACCGUACCCGCAGCUUGGGAACGCAGCUCCAUAUGCUUCAUUCGACUAAAACAAUGAGCGUUAGCAGUUCGAAAACGUUGGUAAACUUGUUCGAGGACAUUCACUGGAUCUUGCUUAUUACCGGACAUGUGUUGGCUCUGGAAGCGGACGGGGAGUCGGCGAUGAUUCCGUCGGAGAUUCUGCAUAUUUGCAAUCAACAUAUUGUUAACAAUGUGACAGACGUCAACAAUAGUUUGAAGUUGUUGGCUUCUCCCAAUCAGGACAUCCAGGAGAUCCCAAAUGCCGAGGUCAAUGCAGAUCCGGUGAUUCGGCUGAUUGCCGCUGGCUUCCGAUUGUGCGAGUUGGAGAAAAGUGCCAUCGAAGUUCGGAUGUAUCAGUUCCUAAGUCCCGAGUUGAGCACCACGUUGGUUUGGUUCCUGCGGCGUUGGUCCGAUGCAUAUUUGAUGCCACUGAAAGAGGAUACGGUUAGUGCGACCUUCAAGCAAGCGUUCGGAGCUGGAUCACACGGAUCGGUGUGGGUGAUAAAUUAUUUGCUAAAUAAGAUUUGUACGAAUGCGCAAUUUCUGCGUUCCGAACAGUCCGUUAUUGAGGAAACUUGCGAACUGUUCCUAGUGCUUCUGAGCCGGAAACAACGGUGUCAAGCGAUCUUCAAUUCGGAAUUCUUCCGGUCGAUCUGCGACCUGAAGAGUGUGGACCUGCCGGUGUCAAUCAAGCGGAAACUGCUGAAAGGUUUUGUGAUGGUUGCUGCCAGCGUGGAGAGCGAUGAGUUGCGAGCUGACUAUCUGGGGAAGAUUUUGUUGCCCAUCGAAGAGAAGUACAAAAUGUUGAUCUCACAUCAAAAUUUCCAAUCCGUCUAUCAGAAUGAGGAUGUCAAGCUGAAGGUGAUUGAAAUCCUGGAGGGACUAAUCGGUUGUGUGCAGGGUGCUUACUCGAACUCGCUGACGAUCAUUUUUGCUAAAAUCCAAGGAAUAUGCAAAGAGCUUCCGACAUUCCUGGAUCUGUAUCGUAAUUAUAUGCUAAUCGUCGAGCUCAUCCUGGAGCUGGUGUGUGAAAUCGUCUCCAACAUCGCCAAUGCAUCAUCGGAGAAGGCCAUCCGGACGGCCAUCCUGGAGUGCUGCUUCUCCGUGAUUCGAAUCUACGUGAAAAAUAACACCAACCGAGUGGCGCUCGACAAGGACAGCGAUCCGGUCGAUUUGAUUCUCAUCCUCAAGCUGAUCAACAACCUGACGUCGAAGUUGCUCUUUUCGGACGACUUUGCCGGCUCGGACGAAACCAAUGCCCAGACGUCGGAGAUUUGCAUUUUCGGCAUCACGCACAUCGUGCCGCUGAUAACGAUCGAUCUGAUCAAGUAUCCGGAUCUCUGCCUGCAGUACUACAGUACAAUUACUUCCUUCAUCGAGGAAAAGUCGCAUAUUAUUCCUACCUUGCAUCCGGACCUGCUGAAACAGCUGCUCGGGUCGAUCGAGCUUGGCCUAAGUUCCUUCACGUCGGAGAUUGAGUGCAGGUGUUUGGAGUUCCUGGAGAUCUACGCCAACAGUGUGUACUUCAAUCAGGACCCGCAGGCGCCGAUGGCACAGCUGCUGCUUCCUUUCCUCAAGCUGAUGCUGGACAUGAUCUUCGGCCAGAAGAUCGACCUGAAUAACACGAUGGACUGGUACCGGACGGUGUUUGUGUUGAUCUGUUGCUUCCCGGAGCAUUUCAAGGAAUUGCUGCACAACUUCCUCAGCGAGCAGUUCGAUUCGGAGGCAAGCAUGGGUAAGGACCUGGCGGCCAGUAGCAUGGCUCUGGUGAACAAUAUCGAGUUUGUGAACAAUCGGUUGACCAAGUCGAAGUUUGUCGAUAAGUUCGACAAGUUUGUCACGUUGGUUAGCACGAUGGUGAAGAAGUAAGCUACAGUAAAGCGUGUUUCAGUUCUACGUAGGCUACGACCGGUAAGUUGGAAAACAGUUCUGUUGUUUCUUGUUAUUAGUGAUUAAACCUAGUUGUUAUUCGUUGUUUUUUUUUUUUGAAGAGACAAUGAACGGUGUAGCUUGACGUCAGGCAGAUUAUCACCAAGUGAAAUUGGAAUUAGAAAUUUUUUUUUUUUGACAAAUUCACACCGUAAUCGCUUUCUAUAGAUUACUUUUACAAAUACACGAACAGGAAGAAUUGAGUGAAAAGCAUUUUCAUCUGAAAGUGAUAUGAUUCGACAAACAUACAGUGUAUCGCACAAUUGAGCGUACAUCUGAGUGAACAAUGUUGUAAAACACUGUGCAUAGAUAGAUUUUUGAAAUCUUGGUUGGUGGUUGAACAACUGUUUAUUGAUUUAUCGGACUUGGACUUUAUUGACAGAGCCGAUAUGAAGUUAGAGCAAUUUGAGUAAAACGCUCGAUUUGCAUUUUUUUUUUCGUAGUGGGCAGAUUUUAGUAAAAAUUGUGUUAUUUUAAAGAUAUUUAUUAUGACUUCAAUAGAGCAAAAUUUCAAAAAUUCGGUGCAGUGUAUUUCAAGAAAAAGUAGUUUUUUGAGAAAAGGCGUUUUUCUAACUUUUUACUCACUCAACCAAAUAAGCCACACCGAUAAAUGUUUGAUGAGCCAGCAGCUAAAAUUUCAGAAAUCUGUCUUUUUAAAUUGUGCUGUUUUCCUAAAAUUUAUGGACAGCCGUACGCUCAAUUUUGCGAUACACUGUAGAUCAAAUGACACAAUGAACGUGAAUGACCUAUUAGGAAUAAAUGGUAACACCAACAGUCAGAUCGAUGGGUAUCGGAUGAUUCUACUUAGAUUAAAUAGGAAAACUUUUCUACAUUUUGAAGGCUGUUUUGUGUCUUCUCUCUGUUGUACUGUUCUAAGUUACUUUUUUUAUGGCCGUCUCUUUGAAUGUUUGCAACGUUUCUUCGGAAAGCGCCGGAAGUGUUUUGUAUAGAUGGUGAACGAUCGUGAUCGUGUAAAACUAUUGUAGAUAGGAACGUGUACUUAGAUAGGGAUAACAAUUGGAGCAGGUAUUUUCAUCUUUGCGCAAAUUUCCGUUUCGAACGUCUGUGUUUAUGAGGAAUGAAAUUUUUGGCAGGAAAUCCGGUAAUACUUUCCACUCUUAAGUAGAGAACUAUACAUAGUUGUUCAAACAAUUCCAUGGCCUUUCUCCUGUUGAUAGAAUUGAUCUUACUCUUAUUGAACGUAAUCUGUCGAAAUUGGACAUCUUUCUCUGGAGCACUAUUCCCAGCUUAUGGCAUACAACCACAACACAACAAUCACUUACAAAAUUGUACGUUUACUCUUUUUUCUGUUAACGUGAAGAUCCCCUGUAGGAAAAGCGGAAGCUCUCGUGUGGUACGAUUAAGUAACGAAAAAAAAAAUGCAUUCUCACACUAUAAACAUUAAUCGGAAAAUCAACAAACGAGGUGGACUAGAAAACAAUGUUUUGAGGUCGAAUUUUACACGCACUUUUUGCAUCAACUUUUUAUUAACAGUAUCAAAGUAGAAAGAAUCAAAGUGAAAAAAAAAAACUAUAUAUUUAUACAGAUGUACCAAAAUGACGACACACACACGUAUAGUUAUUUGAGUGGAUGAGUAAUUUUAGGAUAUGUAGCGUUUUGGAAUGAACGUAGAGGUGAAGUUGUUUUUUUUUUCUUCUGUAAACGAAAUUGGUAUGAACUUUGUGGAAAAUUUUCGAUUAUUUAUUCACUUUAUUAUACGCUUCGCUGUUGAAGAGAAAUCGAUCGAACACUAGAAUAUUUUACCUUAUGAUUAUUGAAUUAAGCGUUGCUAUUUAUAACAUAGGAUCAGAUUUUUACCAUCGUUAUGUGAACAAAGACUUACCGCUAAUAAAUAUAUUUACAUUCAUGUGUGCAUUCGCGUAGUAGUCAUUGCGUGGCAUCUCAUCCAUUGGUUGACCCCGAAGGUGCCACUUUCAGGGUCAUAAUCUCAUUCAGUAGAAUGUUUUCGCAAUCCAUAGUAACAUGCACAUACUUCAUGACAAAACGCGAAAUAUUGUUUUCCAAAUUCACUACCGCACUCCGUAGAGAAAUUAAUAACGUCGUUGUGAAAAUACAUUGAACAUUCAUCAUCUCAGAAUUGUUUAUCCAUGUAAAUAAUAUUCAUAACCAUUUAUAUCGGCCAUAAUGCAUGUGUUUUAGUUAUAUCAUAUUUUUGUAAAAGCUUAGCAAAUCCCUCCCCCGGAGAAAUGCAAAUCACUUAAACCGAUGAGCUAGGGAAAAUUCAAGAAAUAACACUUGACAAAUUUAAAAUUUGUUGAUAAAACACUGUAAUAUUGGUAGAAGCAAGAAUAGAAGCAGACCAUUACCUUUUUCCGACACACUCUUAACAACAAUCAAAUAUACACUAUAAUACACCUACAUGCAUACACAAACCCACUCUCUCUUUCGUAGAAUAGCCGAUAAGUUUUAAAUCCGAAAUCAGGGGCCUCAUUGGGGAAGUCAAAACGAAGCGUUUUUCGUAUGAACGCUUGUAUGAAAAAGUCGAUUCGGCUUGGUUCCAUAAUGUGACGCCAGAUUUGACCACAGAUAGAUUCGACGCGCGUAUAUACAACAAAAUGGAUACUUAACGAGGGAAAACAUUGCAGUCCUAUUUGCGCGAGCAAAGUUGCUCAUUUAUAGAUAUAUAUCAAAAAUAAAACAAAAAGAAAGCAGUAAUUACUAUUACACAUUGAAUCAAAGAUAUUAAUUCUUGAGUGGAGCCAUUUUGCGAACAAGUCACAAGACACACACACACACACAUAGCGCGCGUACACAAGCAUCAUGGUAGCACAGAGAAAGCUAGCGAAAUCGGUUCCCGUGUUUGCCAAUAAAAAGCGGAUCCUGUUAAGAAUGAAUAGAAGACGAUGCUAACGGGAAUCGACGUAUCUAUUUACUUUCCAAAAGUACAAAAUAACCAUUAACGUGGGGAGAAAUUAAAGCAAACUAAAACAAAGUGAGGAGAAAAUUUGGAGAGCGAUGAGUCACAGAUAUUAGCUAAGCGAUUUUAAAUUUAUCUUUCCGAAAAGUGAUACUGA